ACAACCCUUACAGACUUCCUGCUGCAACCGUUUCGCAAGCCAAAGCGGGUGCGCACCGCCUUCUCGCCCACGCAAUUGCUUAAGCUGGAGCACGCCUUUGAGGGCAAUCAUUAUGUGGUGGGAGCGGAGCGCAAGCAGCUGGCCCAGGGACUCAGCCUGACGGAGACACAGGUCAAAGUGUGGUUCCAGAACCGGCGCACCAAGCACAAGCGCAUGCAACAAGAGGGUGGCGACAGCAGUGAUGCCAAGAGCAACAAGGGCAGCUCCUCGGGCGGCGGCGGUGGCGCCGGCUGCGAUGGUGACGAGGAUGCCAAACACGAUGGCUCCCAGCAUAGCUCCACGGAUGUGGAGGACGACGAGGACAUUGAAGAGGAUGACGAGGACGAAGUAAUUGACAUGGACGACUAUGGCAGCGACCUGGAUGCUGAGGAGCAUCAGCGCCUGCGCGAACAGUUCCAGCAGCAGCUUGCGCAGCACCAGCAGCAGUUGCUCCAGCAGCAGAACGAAGCAGGCGUGUUAACGCCGCAACAACAGCAGCAAUUGCUGCACCAUCAUCAGCAACACCUGCAACAGCAGCAGCAGCAGCAACAACAACAGCAGCAGCACUUCAUGCAGCAGCAACAAAUGUAUUUGCUUGAAAAGGAGCGGGAGCGACAGAGAGAUCGAGAACGGGAACGAUCUCGGGAGAGAGAGCAUGAAAAGCAGUAAUGCCCAUUGAAAUUCGAAGUUGCUUUUGAUUGGCCUAAAGUGUCAGCUAGUUUGUGUUCCUUUGAUUUGUAAAUUACUUAAGUUAAAGUGUAUAAAUUAAUUUAAUAUACAUAUA